GAUGCUCUUCAACCAACUUUUAUGGGAAGAGGAAUAUGCCGUGAUGAGCCACUGUCUCAGUCUGGUAAAAGAAUCCAGCUAUUCAAAAUGCUCUGUUUGAAUGUGCUGCCAAUAUUAGGCCUCUGGGCUUAUACGGUUUAUACCCUUGCUGAUAGUGUAGGCUUCAGGGAAGAGUAUUACAAGAGACGAUCUGCACUAUACUUCAGCAUCGAUAUAGGAAAGCUCGUACAUCGCCUCCAAGUUGAACGAGACAUGAGUGUGCUUUAUUUAAGCGCCAUUGGACCGGAAACCAAGUCAUUUCUUCUGUCCGAGUACGCGAAAACGGAUGAAGUUACACUGGAUUUGACCUGGCCAAGCGAUAUCGACAAUUUGAAUGUUAUGUUUUUAUCAAAGGAAAAUUUUCUUGCCUUUCUACAAGAGCAUCGAAGGGUCCUCAAUCCAAACGUUCUAUCAAUCCAAAAUGAAAUUGAUUUCUAUUCGAAAAGCAUUGAUACUAUAAUAAUAUGGCUAUAUAAUACCAUCACUGAAUCUAAAUUUUCUCUUAUCUGGAAAUUGCUAGUAGCUUAUCAGAAAUUAUCAAGUGCUAAGGAAAACUUAGGAGUCGAACGUGCUCUUGGUACAAUGUUUUAUGCUCGAGGAGGAUUCGAAUCGCGUACUUAUUUUGAAAAUUAUAAUUUGAGGUUACACAGCUUUCGUGCAUACAUGAGAAGUAUUGGAAUGUAUUCUACUGUGGUCGAUGAAAUUUAUAUUGAAAACAUAGAAAACCUUCCCAUUAAUUUUUUAGCCACGAUAGAGAAAUUUCGAGCCGAAAUUCAAUUCAUAAAUUCAACCAUUGCUACCGUAGACGUACAAAAAGCUCGUUUCUUUUUCGAUAACAUGACAAUAUAUUUAGAUACCUUAUUCAACGUGCAGACAGAAAUGGGUGCAUUUGUAAUUGCAAAAUUUAAUAACGAAAUUGAUAGCCUCACGCAACAACUCGCUAUUAACGCCGUACUUCUUGUCAUCGUUAUCCUUGUCUGUCCUGUUGUUAUCGUAGCAACAGAGAGCUUAACCAGCAGUAUUCAGACAUACGCGCUAACCCUUGUUGAUAAAACCAAAGAGCUCACGAAGGAAAAGAAAAGGACAGACGGACUAUUAUACCAAAUGGUCCCAAGACAGGUUGCAGAUAUGCUAAAAAAGAAGAAGAAGGUUGACGCUGAAUUUUUCAAGAUGGUCACUGUUUGUUUCUCUGAUAUGUAUGGGUUUGACAAACUUACAGUCGAUCUUACACCAAUGGAGAUUGUUGAGCUAUUGAAUGCUUUGUACAACACAGUAGAUGAUAUUUUGGAUGAUUUUGAUGUUUACAAAGUGGAAACUAUCAACGACUGUUAUAUGGUUGCAUCAGGAUUGCCAAAACGAAACAAAGACCGCCAUGCAUUCGAGAUUGCUGAGUUUGCCCUCAACAUGCUUCGUACUGUGUCUGUAAUGAAGGUUUUGUCCAGUAAUAGAUCUAUUCAGUUGAGAAUAGGGAUUAAUUCAGGUCCAUGUAUGGCUGGGAUUGUGGGAACAUUGAUGCCACGAUACUGCUUAUUUGGUGAUACUGUCAAUACUGCAUCAAGAAUGAAGGCACACAGCGAACCAAAUAAAAUACAUAUCAGCUAUUCUACAUAUCAGUUACUGAGGAAGACGAAAUCGUUCACUAUCAAGAAAAGAGGGAGCGUUUCAGUUAAGGGAAAAGGUGAUAUGAGAACAUUCUGGUUGAUGGGAAAAGUUGAAGAUUUUGGCACAGUUGAAAUUGAAGCAGACGUAGAACCUCACACAAAAGCUUUUGAUAUAACUGACAUGCCUGGAGAAAUUGCAUCAGUUGAAAAUCUCUCGUCCGGUUUCUAUGGCUCUGCGAAGGACAAAAAAUCUUUUGGGUCACCAAGCAGCCACGGUGAUGUAAACAAAGAGGAUCUUCCGGGUGAGAUUACAACCAUAGAAAGUCCAACUUACAGUGCUUCUCUUCAAUACCCAAUGCCGGGUAGGCAACCACAACGAAAGAAGCCAAUACUGAAAAAGUCGACUAAUCCAAAUAUUGAAGUCACCAAAGAUGCAGAGACGGAACUUAAAGCCCCUGAUGUCCGUGAAAAAACAUGA